AUGCAACCAAUUCCAGUCUCUAUCCUCUUCUCUCUCUUCAUCGCUUCAUCAGUAGUUUGCAAUGAACAAUCACCCGAAUUGAAUUUACAAAGCAAUGUCCAUGGUCGCCAUUUCUUGAACCCAUUCAAAAUUGCUUCCAAUGUUGUCUCAUCAGUCGCUUCUAAUGCUGGUAAAGGUAUUGGUGGUGUUGCCAAUCAAGCUGCUGAUGCCGAAACCAAGUUAGGUAAUGCUGUCAGUUCUGGUAUCAAUGGAGUUGGUAAAUUGGCUAGUGCUGGUUCUAAUGUGGCUGCAGGUGCCGUUGAAUCUUUUGCUAACAUGAAAGGUGAUGCAGUUCGUGCUAUUGGUGACAUUGCUGCAUUCAAAGCUAACAUGGCUUCUGGUGCCAUUAAAGGAGCUGGUCAAAUGGCUAAUUCACUUCUCAGUGGAUUCGGUUUAGCCCCUCUUGGUAGUCUUGUCUCUGCUGGAACUAACAAGUUGGGCGAUGUCGCAUCCAAGAUUGGAUCAGCAGCCGAUAAAAAGUUUGAUGCACUUGGUGAUCUUAAUGUUGUCGGAGGUAAAGCUAUUGGUAACAAAAUCAAAGGACUUGGAAGUGCAGUUGAGAAUGGAUUCAAAGCUGCUGGAUCAGUUGCUGAUAUGGGUUUCGGUCUCAAAGCUAAUGCCAUUAAAGGAAUCGGUGGAGCUGCUGAGUCUCUGGCAAAUGGUCUGGGUAAGGUUGCUGGUGCUAAAGGUGAUGCACUUACUGAUGGAGCUUCAAAGGCUGGUCAAAUGGCAGAAAGUGGAGUAAAAGCAGCAAGUGAUGCCGCUGGUAAGGUUGCUGGUGAUGUUGCUGGUAAAGUUGAUAGUGCUGUUGGUGCGAUUACUGAUGGAGCUUCAAAGGCUGGAGAAAUGGCCAGCAAUGGAGUUAAAGCCGCUGGUGACGCAGCAGGUAAAGCUGUUGGUGCUUUAACUGGUGCCGUUUCAGGUCUUUUUGGUUAA